GGCUCACACGUUGUGCAAGAGUGGAGGCGCCCGCGCCGCGCGGCCCGGCACAAUCCCGCCACACGCGCGCCGGCGCUGGCGAAAAAAAAACAUUCGUCUCACCAGCCAGUAAAACCCACCCCAAAAAAAGUAUUUGGCAUAGUGCUUGCAGAGAUAUUUUUUUGUGAGUGUCACGCAUAGGCAAAGGUUGCGCCGUUACAGCCAGGAUAAUGCUCUCGUAUGUCGUUUGCUGAAACCUCGUGCGGAGGGCGUCAGUGCUGUGAGGUGUGAUGGUGGCAGGAUGUGGUGGCUCCUGGGGCUGUUGUUGGUGAACGAGGCGCUCGCCGCCAAUAGCACCGCCGGAGGAUUCGGGUGGUCGCUCCGCUACCCGACCCGCAAGUCGCACGUGCGUCGCCAGCGCGCCAUCCCCGCGUCCACGCCCUUCUUCUGCCCCGUGGCGGGCGCGCGCAGCCCGCAGCGCCCGGCGUCCGUGCACCGGCUGCGGCCCGGAGACAUCGACGUGGUGGCGGCUAUAGGGGACUCGCUGGUCGCCGGGAAUGGUGCGCUGGAGGAGUUUGCGCUGGGAGCUGUCAUUGAAUACCGGGGAGUCUCCUUCUGUGCAGGCGGCGACGCGACCUGGCGUGAGGUCCUCACCCUGCCCAACAUCCUGCGUGAGUUCAACCCGGCGCUGCGCGGCUUCAGCACCGGCACCGGCGAGUGGCUCGCCAAGAACUCACGGCUCAAUGUCGCCUUCCCCGUCGCUUCCGACAUGGACGCCUUCAAGCAGGCCAAGGUGCUGGUGGCCCGCAUGCGCGCCUCCCCCGACAUUGACAUGGAGCAGGACUGGAAGAUGGUGACCAUCUUCAUCGGCGCCAACGACCUGUGCUCGGCGUCCUGCCACUCGCCCGUCGCCUGGUCACCCACCGCUCACGCGAGGAAGUUAGCGAAGGCGAUUGAUUACCUGGCGGCUCAUUUGAAGAGGACUUUUGUUAAUGUUGUGCCGGUUUUGGACGUAUCCGUAUCGAUCCGCGUGCUCCGGCCGCUCUCCUGCCGCGCCAUGCACGCGCUGUUCUGCUCGUGCUUCCACCGCGGCGGCGGCGAGCUGCACGACCUGGUCCGCAUGGCUAGGUUGUACCAGAAGGCAGAGCUUCAGUUGAUCGAGAGCGGUCGCUACGACACUCGCGACGACUUCACCGUGGUGCUGCAGCCCUUCAUGAGACUCUUCAACGCGCCCUACCCGCCGCGCCUGCCUAUGCCGCUCGUCAUACACCAGUCUUAUAUCACGCAUGACUGCUUCCACUUCUCGCAGAAGGGACAUGCGCUGGCGGCAAACCUGCUCUGGAACAACCUGCUCGAGCCAGUAGGUAACAAGAGCGACAACAGCCCUCCAGUACUGCUGCGCUCCUUCAACUGUCCCAGCGAGGACGCACCCUACCUCUUCACCGCCGCCAACACCAAGACCUACUUGGCCACUGGCCGGCAAGAAGACAACGAGUUAUGACCGACAGAAAAAGAA